GUUCGCGUUCGCAAUCUCGCACACUUCGGACGGCGACGUUGGCGUCUAGCAAGGGGGCCAACAGCAGAGACCAGAGAGGAGAGAAGCAAGCAAUGGCGCCGCCGCCGAGGUGGCUGCGGCGGGAGGUGUUCGUGGGGCUCGCGCUAGGCCAAUUCGUCUCCCUGCUCAUCACCUCCACGGGUUUUUCCUCCUCCGAGCUCGCCCGCCGAGGUGUCAAUGCACCUACGUCACAGUCACUGCUGAAUUACAUCCUCCUUGCACUUGUUUAUGGUGGGACACUGAUAUACAGAAGGCAACAUUUGAUGAUUAAAUGGUACUACUACUUGCUGUUUGGCAUCAUAGAUGUGGAGGCCAACUACAUCGUUGUGAAGGCUUAUCAGUACACAUCCUUGACGAGUGUGAUGCUCCUGGAUUGCUGGUCAAUUCCAUGUGUCAUUGUGCUCACUUGGAUCUUCUUGAAGACAAAGUACGGGUUGAGGAAGUUCGUUGGCGUUGGAGUUUGUGUGGCUGGCCUUGUACUGGUAGUGUUUUCUGAUGUGCAUGCCUCCGAUCGAGCGAAAGGACCCAACCCCUUGAAAGGUGAUUUGCUUGUCAUUGGAGGGUCCAUGCUUUAUGCCGUCAGUAAUGUUACUGAGGAGUAUUUUGUCAAGAAAAGCAGCAGAGUUGAGGUGAUGGCCAUGCUUGGUGUUUUCGGAGCAAUUAUAAGUGGUAUACAGAUAAGCAUACUUGAAAGACACGAGCUCAGAUCAACCCACUGGAAUGCUGGUGCGAUUCUUCCCUUCAUAGGAUUUGCACUGGCAAUGUUCUUGUUCUACUCAGCAGUACCAAUUAUACUCAAGAUAUGUGGUGCAACCAUGCUAAAUCUCUCACUACUGACCUCAGAUAUGUGGGCUGUUUUAAUCCGUAUCUUUGCUUAUCAUGAGAAGGUUGACUGGAUGUACUUCGUUGCUUUUGCCGGCACAGCUGCGGGCCUUGUCAUCUACUCAUACAAGAGCUCAAAGCAGACGGCUGAAGAAACUGCACAGGUCACAGGGGCCAGGGACGAAGAGGCUGCAACGGGGAAUGGGACAGCACAAGUUCCUGGUGUUGGAGAUGAUGGACCAGCCUCCAACAAGGAGUUUUCAUCAGCUGCUACUGCCUCAAGGUAGUAGGCAACUGCCUACAAAACUACUUGUAAUGGAACAUGGACACGGUUGUGAAAUGUAAUAUCUUUUGCUAUCCGAUGUGAGGGGGAAAAAAAGGAAGGGUUGAUAGCUAGGACAAGUACAUUGCAAUAUUGCAUAGCAGGCUUCCUUGUUGAUUCUAUAAUUUUUCUAUAAGCACGAAAUGGAAAUGUAUUUGCUAAUGCUGAA